AUGGCAGACUCGGAGAGUCUGGCUCCAAGGCCCAAGCGCCAGCGGUACACCACGACAGUUUUUGACGCCGAAGAGAUGGAAGAAAUGAUCUUGGAUGUGUUAGAAAAGUCUAGAGAGGGUAUCGACACGAGGCUUGCCAAGUACAACGACUCGAUCCUGCAGGCUCAAGCCAAGAAGAGGCAGCGAUUCAUCGACUACUGUGAAUCUCAGAUCGGCGGUCUCCCGGAACGCCACAGGUCAUCACUCGCCACGAGACUGCUCUCCAGUGAAGAUUUCUCUGUGAAAAUGAACUUCUCUGAACUGCAUACCUCGAGCGCGAAGUCCCACUUGACCUGGAGCUGUGGGGAUGCUUCACUAUCCGACCCCUCGUGGAGAAAAUUACUUGAACAGUUUGCGAAAGGUGCUGCUGAAGCUCCGCCACCAUCGACAGGAGAGCUCGCACGGAGUUCGCUAGCAACGCGCAAAGGCCCGUCUCUGCCCGCCCGAAUCUCACUCCCAACAGGGAGGCCAGCUAGACCUUCGACAUCCACAGCGCUAGCUGAGGACGAUGAAGACCCGUUCGCGAUGCCGGAAGACCAGGAUCCCCUCUCUUUCCCAGGCGUGACGAUCUCGAAGACAAGAGUUACAACCAAUACACGGCGCCAGGUCGCUCCGCCCGGCCGUGAAGCCCAGCCAAGAAAAGGACCACCGGGGUCGUUUGGCGGAGGCGUGCCAUCCAAAGGCCGCGGCCCGAGGUGGACCCAACAAGAGAUGGAGAAGCUCAGAUCUCUGUGCUUCGGACAGCCCGACGCCCGGAGGACACCACAGUCCGCCUUUUGGAAGAGCGUAGAGGCACAGAUGCCGGGGCGGAGCAGACUGGCAUGUCGAUCGAAGUGGACGACGAUGCCUCAAGCCAGACGCAAGCAAGAGUCUAGGAAUAAGGAUGGGUACGCUGUCAGGCCGAAACGAAGACCUUGGUCACGAGAGGAGUUGGAGCUGUUGGAGCAGGCUCGCCCGCGGCCUGGAGAGUCGGUCAACUGGGCCCGCGCCCGGGCGUUGCUUCCGGAUCGUACGUCUAGCUCUAUCGGCAGAAUGCUCACCCGGGGCAGUCGCAGAUUCCGAGCCCGCCAGACGCGGAAUGGGGCUCAGCCCCGAGGAGGGCCACCUACUGCGGCUGAAGAGGUCAGCCAAGAGUCGGCGGGGGGAGAUAGAGCGCGAUGA